AUGACACCACCGGAGAGAAUUUACAGAGAAUUAGGGAACUUUGCUUCACGACAAGAAAGCUUACUACAUCCAUCAAAAGCGGAACAGGAUUCAAGGAUAAGUAAGACGCCAGACGAAAAUGAAGUUGUUGAGAUGAUCAAAAAUUGGAGAGUAGGAGAGAAUACUCAUGACCAUAACGACACUUCAGAAAACAAGGGGAAACAAGUACUGAAGAAAGAUAACGUAGCGCCAGAAGAAGUGGUUGAAAUCAUAAAAGAUUACAGAACGAACAAAAUUAAAUAUGUUCAGUAUCAAGAAUCAACCACUGACAGGGAGGAGCACCUGAUGAAGAAACUGGAUGAAGUGAAAGAAAUCUUCAAUCAAACAUCUAACAAAAUGGAAUGGGAAAAAAUUAACUCCGCAACAUUUUCCGUAUUUGGUGAGCAAAUGGGGUUAACCGAAUGGGCGGAAAUAAAGAAGAUGGCGUUGGAACCAAAUAAUUUUUUCCGACUAGGACAUCAAAUUAUAAGUUUAGCGGAAAGAUCAAAAAUAUUCCAAGAAUAUACUACCCUAAAUGAUAAUUUUAAACAAAGAUUGGAGAACGAAAAUCGACAUCAAGACGAAAAGAAGACUGGAGAAAAAAGACCAAUGUUAGAAUCUCCGAAGAAAGAAGAGGAACCUUCGGAUUCCGAUUAUGCAGAGUUUGAUGAAGAGAACAGUAUUCCCGAGGAGUGCUGGACAACAAAUUAUCAAACCGUGCACCUACAAGAAAUCCAAUUGAUGAUGUUCGAUGAAGUAAAAGAAGAAGAAACAACAGAAGCUACGGCAUCACCAUCAAGUACGAAGAGUGGAAAGGACAAGAAGAAGAAGAAGAACAACAACAAGAAGUGA